AGCUACACAGAGAAAACUUUACCGCGUCAAUUACACUAGAAAAAAUUGUUUUUAGGCUACAACGCAAGCGCAUCACUCAUUAUAACGGUUAUCCAGGAUUAAAUAAUCAGGUUAUUCCAUUUCCGCGUUCCCUUCGAGCGCUCGUAUCACUCUAUAUUUAGCCUUCCAGAUCGAUAAUUCGGCGAGAGCUUGCGCACCUGUCGCGCCUUUCCAGGCCUAUCCAGGCUCCGAAGUCGCCGCAUCCAGUCGACCAGCCGCCGAUUUCAUCGACCAUUAACGUCGCAAUUCGCCGCGGAAUUUUCCUUUUUUUGGUUUCGGUUUUUUUCGAUUCCGAUCGAGGCGUCGCCUUCGCGGUCCUCUUCUCGUUUCCAGUUUUCGAAAACCGUUCGAAGCCGCUCAACAGAUGCCGGACAACCUGUUAGUACCAGUCAACUACAUCAUAAUGGCGGAAGCCGAGCCCGACCUGAGCACCUUCGAGAACAAGACCGGCCUGGCGGAGGACAUGAAGUUCCUGGCCUCGAUGCCGGAGCUGUGCGACGUCACCUUCCUGGUGGGCGACACCAGGGAGCCCGUUUGCGCCGUGAAGGCGGUGCUCGCCGCCCGAUCGAGGGUGUUCCACAAGAUGCUCUACCAAGCGCCGAGUCCGCAGCGCAGGAAGGACCCGCCGCCCAGGGAGAACAAGCUGCGCUUGUUCCUGAAGCGAUCGUCGGAGCCGCUGUUGAAUUUGCAAAACGCCAGCCAGCAGAGAGGCUUCACCCAGCAGCUGGCUCCUAUCCAAGAGCCGACGUCCCAGCAACACCAGACCCUCAUCAUCGAGGAAUUCGAGCCGGACGUCUUUCGACAGCUCAUCGAGUACAUCCACACCGGUUGCGUCACCCUGCAACCCAGAACUUUGCUAGGCGUGAUGAACGCGGCGGAUUAUUACGGCCUCGACGAAUUGCGCAGGGCCUGCGCAGGCUUCGUGCAAUGCUGCAUCAACGUGGACACCGUUUGCGCACUUUUGGCCUCCGCCGAACGGUACAUCCAGUACAAGUGCACCAAAUCCCUCGUACAAAAAGUGUUGGAGUUCGUGGAUGAGCAUGGAAACGAAGUGUUGAAUUUGGGAUCGUUUACGCUGUUGCCGCAGCACGUUGUUCGAUUGAUUUUGGCGAGGGAGGAAUUACAGGCGGACGAAUUUACCAAGUUUCAAGCGGCUCUGAUGUGGGGUAAGAAGUAUUGCGACAAUAAUCCCCACAUCAACAUAAAGGAACUGAUCGGCAACUUCUCGGAGUACAUUGAAUUCCAUAAAAUACCUACGAAUAUUCUUAUGAACGAAAUCUAUCCUCUAGGCUUGUUACCGGACGCGAUAUUUGUUAACGCCUUGGCGUUCCAGGCAGACCCAACGAGUGUCGACCCCGGAAAGCUCUCUCCAAAUCGGGUAAGGCGACAGGCGCAGGGGCGCUCCAUGUCGGUGCAGAGCUCCGAUCCGUACGGCUCUAACACGACCCUGAGCAGCAGCCAAUCGAGCGAGCUGGCCUCCUCCGACGGCAAGCAUUCCUCCAACUAACAUAAGGCCACCGUUGCGCCUCAACCGCCUCCUUCUAUAUCGGUGUCGCCGUCGCCGAAGCGUCGGCCGCCGCCGCCCCCGCCCCCUCCCCCGCCCGCCGUCACGGUGUCGUCGUCGUCGCCGUCGUCGACGCCGCAAUCCUCGCCGGCUCAUUCUUUUACUUUCACCAUCGUGUUGAAGAAGGUUAGUCCGAAGGAGCCUCACGAGUUCUGUUCUUCGAAGGAGAACCUCGUUUAAAAUGGGGGGCUUCGUUCUCUCUGGUUUUAUUCGAUAAACCGAUUCUGUCUGUCUGAAUUUCUGGAUUGUUGGUCUGUUUGUUCGAUAUCGUUUUUGUGGCGAUGAAUGGAGGUUUUUGGUUGCCGAAAUUGGGCUCAAAAUUUACAACGAUAUCAAUGUUGUUAUACAUAUCUGUUUGGAUCAGUAUUAAUUAGUAAUAAUUUCGAAGACGGUUUAGUAAAUUUUCUUGGAUUGUUAUAACAGUACAAUUGUUGAAUUUUAUAUGUAUAAGACUGUUUAACAAACUGAUGCCAAAUAUAUAUCAAGAUAUACAGACAAUAUUAUGAAAACUUUCGGAUUUUUUUGCUCAAGAAUUGUUCGUUGACAUCACGAUUUCGAUUGAACUACUUUUAUAGGAUUAUAUUCCAAAUAAUUAUCUACUCUCUUCGUGUGGUAUUGAUAAGAGAAUGAGUCGAUUGUACCAAAUUAAAAUUAGCCUACUUUCUCACCGCAUCACCAUCGAAUCCUUAAACAUGUGAAUUAAUCCUAAGUCGAAUCCUUUUACGAAUUGUUGAAACGUCUAGUCCUCGCGUGAAUUGGUCGUAAGGUCCUUGCAAAAACCGGUGCCCUAAUUAUCCUUAAUUGUUCCUUUUACCUUUUAGUUAACGAGGCGCAACAGUGGCAUGUAACUUAAUUUUAUAUGGUUUUAUAUUUUCCUACUUUAAUGGACUCGCUGUAUUGUAUGUACAUAAGUGCUUUUAUAGGGAGGUUGAUUUCUGCUUGAAUUGUGGCAGUAUUAAUUUGUUCGCGUCCCUAUAAAUCACUUUAGUAGGAUAAAUUAAUGUUAUAAUAUUUCUAUUGGAAGGAAAGCAGUAAUUGCAAGUAACUUACAAGAGUAAACAAAUAAGUGAUGGGAUUAUUUGUUGUUCUAAAAAUAUGAUGAUUUGGAAGUUUAUGAAAACUAAGGAAAUACUUUUGUAAGUUGCUAAUCGGAGGUAUUUUUAUAAUCGAUGUAUCGCUUGUGGAUGUUUUUGGUUAUUUCGCUGCAAUUUGAUUUAAAUUACGUUGAUUUUUGGUAGUGGUUUAGGCAAAAAGAACAUUUUCUUAAAGUUCAAUUUAUUUUAGUGAAAUUUAUUGCAGGAUUUGUUCGAUUUAAUUAGAAAAAUUCUAACCUCAAUCGAUUUGCUUAAACCAUUACAAAACGUGCAUAUUUAAGUUUUUGGGGCAAAUACUUUGACCAAAAAAAAAGAUGUAAUUAAUGGACUAAG